CAUUGUCGCUUCAGUGAGGAUCAGCAUCUACCCAUGCCUGUCAGAGUCCAGCGUAGUUCUUCCUUCAGCGCGCACAGUGCUGUCGGGUCAAAACUCCACGACUCAGCUGGAAGCAUGGUGCUGAACGGUCUGAACGGUAAUUUAAGUGUUUUUGAAUCUUAUGGUGGCUAUGGCAGCCGCAUCUCCGGUUCUUCAUCCUUGGUGGUGACCGCCUAUGAGGUUACAUUUGGUGCCAAUGAAAAGCUGACCAUGCAGAAUCUUAACAACCGCCUGGCAUCCUAUCUGGAGAAGGUGCGCGCUUUAGAGGCUGCCAACAGGAAGAUAGAGCUGCAAAUAAGAGAGUUUUAUGAAAGCAGGGGCCCUGCUUACCACAAAGAUCUGUCUGGAUACUUCAUCACCAUUGAAGAUCUCCGCAAACAGAUUCUUGCCCGUUCCAAGGAAAAUGCCAAGCUCCACCUGCAGCUGGACAAUAUCAGCCUGGCAUCUGGUGACUUUAGGAUGAAGUUUGAGAUGGAAAUGAACAUACGGUUGGCUGUAGAAACAGACCUGGCUCGUCUGCGGGGGACUUUGGGGGAGCUGCAAUUGGCCUGUAAAGAUUUGGAGAUCCAGAUCCCUGGGCUGAAGGAAGAACUGGUGUACCUCAAGAAGAACCAUGAGGAGGAGCUGCACUUGCUUCGUACACAGCAGAGUGGCUCAGUGAAUGUGCAGGUUGACUGUGCCCCCUCAGUGAACCUUGAUAAGGAGCUGCAGGAGAUGAGAGAGCAGUAUGAGACCCUCAUCCAAAAGAACCUCAGAGAGGCUGAACAUUGGUUCCAGAGCAAGGCAGAAACAUUAAAGUCUCAGGUGACCAGCAGCUACACUGAGAUCAAAACUUCUCAGACAGUACUCACUGACCUGAAGAGAAACUUCCAGAACCUGCAGAUAGAAUUGGAUGCAGCUCUAAUGCAGAAACAAGUCCUAGAGAAGAACCUGGCUGAUGCGGGGUUGCGUUACAGUGCCCAGAUAACUCAACUUCAGUUACAAAUAGACCAUCUUCAGGAGGAACUCCAGGAGCUUCAUGUCAGCAUCCAACAGCAGGCCACUGAGUACCAGCUGCUCCUGGACAUCAAGAUGAGGCUGGAGCUGGAGAUCGCUGAGUACAGAAGGCUUCUGGAAGGAGAGGCGAGAGGAAGUGUCGUGACAUCAACUGUGAAAGAGACUGUGACCGAAACAGUGAAAAUAGAGGAAAAGGUGGAAGAGGAGCAUAAUCCUCAUGUCCAGAGGCGGGUGAAGGUUAUCGUGGAGGAGCUGGUGGAUGGAAAAGUUGUGUCCACUUCAGUGGAUGAGAAAAUUCAGGAACUGAGCAACUGAGUUGAGGAUCCAACAGCUUUACACAUAUUACUAUGAUACGUGCUUCACACAUAUUACUACAAUAUUAUAUUCAUAGAGACAGUGAUCAAAAUAAUAAUGCAGAACUUUAUCAUUCCAGAAUACAGCAACUUCCGUAAUAUUAUAUCAUUUAUUUGGGCUCUAAGUGGGACCUUGUUUUCCUCUAUGUGUGGUGAGGUACACUACCAUUCAAAAGUUUGGAAUCAUUUAUCAAUUAAGUUGUUAUUGAAUAACAACUUAUACGGUUAUGAGACACCAAAGUGUAAACUGAGUGUAUCCAUCCAUCAUCUAAACCGCUU